AUGCCGAGGGGCUUCCUGGUAAAGCGAACUAAACGGACAGGCGGCUCAUAUCGAGUGCGCCUAGCUGAGCGGGGCUUCCCCAGGCUGGGGCCCCAGGGGGCGCCGCCCUUCCCCGAGGAGGCUUCCAAUGCCCCCCAGCCCAGUACGGAGCAGGUGGCACCCCCCACCUUGGAGGAGGCAGCGGCGGCCCGUGAACUGUCGGGGUCGUCCUGUCGGGCGGCUAGGGUGAGCCCGGGGGAGGGCAGGCAGGAAGGUGCUGCGGAGUGGAGGGCGGAUGGUAGGGAGGGUCCCGGGCCGAGCCCCAGCCCCACGAAGCCGGCGGGCACGGAGCUGCGCCAGGCAUUCUUGGAGCGCUGCCUCAGCUCACCCGUCUCUGCAGAGUCCUUCCCUGGGGGUGCCACCGCGGUGGCUGCUUUCUCCUGCUCGGCGGCGCCAGCAGCUGCACCGACCUCGGGGGAGCAGUUCCUGCUGCCGCUCCGGGCACCGUUCCCAGAGCCAGAGUUCCACCCAGACCCUGCGCCCCUCUCGGCCACUCUGCAUGGCCUGAAGCGGGCCGCUGGCAAUGAGCGCCGUGCCAAGGCACCUCCGGGCUGCACGUCUGGACCUGCGGCCGCCGGAGUCAAGAAGCCAAAGGCGAUGAGGAAGUUGAACUUCACCGAUGAAGUGACCACGUCCCCUGUCCUGGGCCUGAAGAUUAAGGAGGAGGAGCCCGGAGCACCAUCCCGGGGUCUGGGGGGCAGCCGCACGCCACUGGGGGAGUUUAUCUGCCAGCUAUGCAAGGAGCAGUACGCGGACCCUUUCGCUCUGGCUCAGCACCGCUGCUCCCGCAUCGUACGCGUGGAGUACCGCUGCCCUGAGUGCGACAAGGUCUUCAGCUGCCCUGCGAACCUCGCCUCCCAUCGCCGCUGGCACAAACCGCGUCCCGCAGCGGCAAAUGCCGCCACGGUGUCUUCAGCCGACGGGAAGCCGCCUCCUUCGUCUUCCUCGACCUCCCCAGACUCCAGGGCUGUUGCAUCUUUCUUGGCGGAGGGGAAGGAGAACAGCCGGGUAGAGCGAGGGGCCGAUCAGCACCUCCAGGCGAGGGACAGCUCCAGGGCGGAGCAGCACCAGGACAGCGCCCCACACCAGGGCCUCCCGGUGCUGUCCCACCCUGAGCCACCGCUGCCUCAGGUCCCCUAUACGGAGGGGGUGUUGGGGCGCCGGAUGCCUGGGCCAGGUAGUGCCAGUGGUGUUGGGGGACCCGAGAUCUUCAUGUGUCCAUAUUGCCACAAAAAGUUCCGUCGCCAAGCCUAUCUGCGCAAGCACCUAGGCACUCACGAGGCAGGUUCCGCUCGUGCGCUUGCCCCGGGCUUUGGCUCCGAACACUGUGCCCCACUCGCCUUCGCUUGCCCACUAUGCGGGGCGCACUUCCCGUCCGCAGACAUCAGGGACAAACACCGGCUGUGGCACGCGGUCCGCGAGGAGCUGCUCCUGCCUGCUCUGGCCGGGGCCCCCCCUGAAGCACCGAGCCCAGGCGGAGAAUCCGACGGGAGUGCUCAGCAAAUUUUCUCGUGCAAGCACUGCCCGUCCACUUUUUUUAGCUCCCCAGGGCUGACCCGGCACAUAAAUAAGUGCCACCCCUCAGAAAGUCGGCAGGUACUGCUGCUGCAGAUGCCGUUGCGGCCUGGCUGUUGA